UGAUUGAGAUUCUAAAAACAUGCAUCACGUUAUUCUUUUUUUAUUUAAACAAUGCCAGCGCAACAAUGUCUCGACGUUCGCGGCGCGGCUUCGAUCUCUUGUCACUCACUCCAGAUCUUUUUACUCUCUCACUUGCUGGCCGUUUCAUUCAUAUAGCUCGGCGGCACGCCGACCAGGAGGGGGUUUGCUUGAUUCACGUCUCAAGGUCGCCAGACUCCCCCACCUGCUCUCUUUCUCUCGCGACCCGAGAGCGACUGAAUGCAAAUUAAUUAGCGCCAAUUUGCCCCGCGUCUGCCGAGUUGCGCGACGAGGGUGGAAAUGAGCAGGCGAGAGAGCACAUUUAUCAGCGGCCCAUCCUAGACGUCUAGACGGAGCUACAUAUCCAGUCACGUGAACUUUCAACCCAGCAUCCCGUUUUACUAUCGUGUCCGUCUCUCCUAGACCACUAAUGAUCUUACUAAUAGCGGACAAAGAGCGCCGAAUCCAGGAGAUCAAAGGCUACAUUUACAACACAACCCGACCGGGCAAGGGCACCUCGCUCGGGGGCCCAAACAACAUCAUCGCCUCCAAGAUUCUGUCCGGUCUCGUCAGCAGCAUUAUUCCCUCUGUCACGGCCCUCGACGACACCCCGAAAAAGUUCACCAGCUUCCACCCUGUCUGUGCACCGGUGAACAGCAAAAAGGUUGAGGCGGCCAAAAACAACGACGACAUGUACAUGAUGUUCAAUCUCACGUACCCGAUGCCACUGGCGGGCACCGAACUUAACAUCAUUAGCGCCAAACUGCGCCUUUACAGAGUCGCUCAAUCAAAUGAAAGUAGAAGUGAGGACGCGUGCAUCCCGCCCAAGCAACAGGUGAAGAGCACGCCGCCCACGUCAAGCUCGACGACAACCUCGGCGGCGCUUGUGGAUGAAGAGGCUUCAAGCGUUUCCAGUGUCGCAAGCACAAGCACCACCUCCAGCCCACCGUCGAGUUCAUCUCUGCCCAUCGUGAUUAGCCUCUUCCCGGAACCUAAAGAGGUCUUUGUCAGGGUUACAAUUUCCUAUCUCGUGCGCCAGGCCAAAAAGACAAAUAAAUUGGUUAGGAACAUCCUAGAUAGCAAGAUGGUGUCAACGAGCGGCGACGGCUGGGUCGAAUUCAACGUAUCAAACGCAGUUCGCGACUGGCGCAAUUCGACCAACAACUUUGGCCUCUUCGUCGAAGUGGAGGACUUGGAGCGCAAGAAGUUGUCCGCGUCAAAGUACUUCCGCGAAAUGAAUUGCUCAAAGGAAACAGCCGAGACCAAGCCCAUUCCCAGCGUCCUUUUUGACGUUGCCCUUGCCAACAACACUGUUUCUACACCUGACCACCUCCGCGCGUAUAUGCUCCCCGUGAUCUCUUUGUGCACCAGCGAGAUUCCCACCAUCGAGAUCGACGUGCCCAACAAGUUCUACCCCCUGACCGCGAACGGCAGCAGCGAAGAGUUCCGCCGAAUCAUCAUCGGCUACUCGCGCCGUCAGCAAAUAAUCGAGCAACCGUCCACCGAGCGGCAGAGCGCGGCCGGCGAAACGCCCGAGGAGGAGCAGGUUGUCGACAUGCAGAACACCGAGGAGCACCACCCGCGGCGGCACCGCAACCGUCACCACCACGGCCACCACCACCGCGACGGCAACGUGGUCAGCAAACGGCUGCUGGAGAUGGCGCGCGAGGCCCGCACCAAGGGCCAACGCAACCAGCACAACAUUUUCCACUCGGUGCACGGAACUUCCUCCGCAUCGGACAAGGAGCAACGCGUCGAGGUGCUCGUCGUGCCCGUCGUCCUGCAGACCUCCAAGGUGGCCGAGAUGGACGACGAAAUCCAAAACGUCGAGCAAAAGCCCAUCACGAUCGACCAGCUCUUCCAGAGGUAGGUCCUUCCGCGCCCAGCCAGCAGACCGCCCACCGAAAACACAUCUAAGACUGCGCGCAUUUGUUUCGCUUUCGUUUGCACUAAAAUCGUUGAAAAUUUUCCGGCGGCUGCAGCUCGAGACUUAGCCAGUGAUUUAUGCAACACGCGCAACUCGUCGUCAUUUCAGGUUACAUAAAUAUAAUUUGCGCAAAACAUGAGAGUUUUCCACAUUCUAGUUAAAUUUCAUUGAAGGGCACUUAUUUGUUUGCAAAAAAUUGAUCCGCUGAAAUUCAACCAAAGGAAAUUUUCGUAGGCCAAGAUCUAAUUAAUCAGUCUUUAAAAAAAUUAUUUUCACGAAUAUUAUAAAUCUUAUUUCAGGGAAUAUGGAAAACUACUGUUUUCAGUAAUAAGAAAUCAUUCAACUCUAUUUUUUUAUUUUAAUUCAGACAAUUUUGAAAGUUUUUUGAUUACCUUCAAAGUCAUUGCUUUUUUUAGCAAUAUGUAAUUCUUUAAAAUAAUUAACUUUAAUUUAGUGAUUUUCUUAAUAUUUUCAUUUAAAAGUAAAGAGGCUUUCAUAUUCUUUAGUUAACGCAAUUACAUUAGAAUUUGAAUUUCUAAAUAAAUCACAAUUUUACAACAAACGCUUGUACUUACAUUGCAAAAUUUUGUAUUAUUUUUUUUCCAACGAAUUAAGAAAUGAUAGAUUAUUAUUUUUUUUAAUUUAAGUAUGAUUCUUUUUGUUUCAACUACUUAUCUUCAAAUCAUCUUUAACUUUGAUUACGUUGCAUUUAUUUCUCACUGCAUUUUAGUCUCGAACUGCUGCUCUUUCGUUUAUUCUACAC